AUGUAUGAAGAUGGUAAUAUGUGGAGUUUUAAUUAGUUUUGGAAGUUUUUGGAAGAAAAUGAGGGCAAAAAUUAAGCGAAAAAUAAAAUUUUGUCUAAAAUUAAAGAUAUUAUAUGGCUAAGUUUUUGCUCUAUAAGGAGAAAAUUAAAUAUAAAUGAUAGAAAAUAAUGCUUUGAAAUUUUCGGGUUUGAUUUUAUUAUUGAUAAUUAGUUAAAUUCAUGGCUUAUUGAGAUUAAUACUAAUCCUGCCAUAGAAGAAUGCUCGAAUGAUGCCUUAAAAUUAACUGUUGAUUAAAUUUUUACCAAAAAGGAACAUGAUAAUACAUUAGUUGAAGAAAAUGAAUUUUAUCAUAUAGAUGGUUAUGAUGAUAAUGAAAAUACGUGGGAGCUUUUGGGAAAUUUAAAGGAAUAUCAGAUAGUUUGA